AUGUCACCAAUGGAGGAUGUGCUUUUUUGGAUGGGGGCCAAUGAUGGUGUGUACAAUGCCAAGACUGGAUAUUUAUUUUUGCAACAGAAGCUUCACCAGCGCGCGGUGGAUGUCGAUCCAGGCUGUCCUAUUUGCAGGUUAAAGGAUGAAUCAAUUGAUCAUUUGCUAAUGAGGUGCGACGUUGUCAAAGCUUGCUGGUUUGACUCACGGUUGGGGGUGCGGGUGGAUUCACAGCAACGUUUUCCAUUGUUUUUGCAGUUGCUGUUACGUGACUUGGAUGAUGAGGGUGUGGCAGAGGUGCAGAGUUUGUUGUAUGCAGUGUGGGAGGCAAGGAAUCGGGCUGUAUUUGACGAGCGGAGGGUGGAUUGGCGAGAGGUGCUUGCUCACGUGGCCUCCUUUCGAGUUCCAACGGUUGAGGAGGCACAAACGAUGGUGGCAAGUGCUGCUACGGUGAGAAGAUGGGUGCGGCCAGCAAGAGGUAUUGUUAAAAUAAAUGUGGACGCAGAAGUUGGUAGAGAUAAGUUAGCAGGUUAUGGAAUGGUGGAAAGGGACAACAAUGGUGAGAUUAUGGCUUCUGCUUCUAUGUACCCGAUUAUGGUGUUGUCGCCAACAAUUAGAGAGGCUCUUUCACUGCGAUGA